CCUGUGAACUACUAAAUCUCAAAAUAUCUGGAUGGGAGGGAACUGCAUAGACAUAAGCGAAGCCGCCAUAUUGCUUACACUGGUUAACAACUUCGGUUAGCGACUGUACCCCCCUUUAGAGAGAAGGCUAGCUAGCUGCUAGCCUGGCAACCGACCUAGUUCAUAACAGCGUUACAUCACUUUGGGUCGUGUCCCACCUGGGAAAUUGCGGCCUAGUGGUACUGUGACAUUAGUACGACACACUAACGAAACCAAAACAACAUAGCGAAAGCUGCAGUGACCUUGCAAAAAUAGUUUUUGUUUUUUUGAAGGGGCUGUCAAGACGCGACUGGUUUCAUCGUGCCCUGAUUUUGAGCCAAAAGAGGAGUUAUGUCCUGUCCAUGCACUUCGGCUGCCCGGUUGUUCCUUAACACUGCCCACCGAGGACUGUCCUGCUCCCGGAUCCAGUUGUUUUCUCUGAGUCGUCAUGGGUCUCGGGAAACUCAUUUACCUCCCCGGGUACGGGUAAGGUCGUUUUCCGAGACUUCUGUCUGCUAUGCCGCUAAAGAUGGGACAACAAAGGACAAUGGAAGUGAUGGUGGAAAGAAAAGCGUCAGUGAGGGGAAGAGACUCUCUGGCUCUGGAGGUUCAGGCAAGGGAGGAAAUCAGCUACGCUGCCCUAAAUGUGGAGAUCCCUGCACACAUGUAGAGACCUUUGUAUCAUCAACUCGAUUUGUCAAAUGUGAGAAAUGCCAUCACUUUUUCGUGGUUCUGUCUGAAGCGGACUCUAAGAAGGGGCUAAACAAAGAGCCAGAAUCUGCUGCGGAGGCAGUUAAACUGGCAUUUGCACAGAAACCUCCCCCUCCCCCUAAGAAGAUAUAUGCUUACCUCGACAAGUUUGUUGUUGGCCAGUCGUAUGCAAAAAAGGUGUUAGCAGUUGCAGUGUACAAUCACUACAAACGCAUCUACAACAACAUUCCUGCUGGCAGUCGACAGCAGGCGGAGGUGGAAAAACAGCCCUCUCUAACACCCCGUGAGCUAGAGAUGAGAAGACGAGAGGAUGAGUACAGGUUCACAAAACUGCUGCAGAUUGCGGGGAUCAGUCCUCAUGGAAAUGCUCUGGGGGCGUCCAUGCAGCAGCAGGCGAGCCAGCAGGCACCUCAGGAGAAGAGGGGCGGAGAAGUCCUGGACUCCACACACACUGAUAUUAAGCUGGAGAAGAGCAACAUCAUACUUCUAGGUCCAACUGGCUCAGGAAAAACAUUGCUGGCGCAGACACUGGCACGCUGUCUAGAUGUCCCGUUUGCAAUAUGCGAUUGCACUACACUAACUCAAGCUGGAUACGUGGGAGAAGACAUCGAGUCAGUUAUCGCCAAACUGCUGCAAGAUGCCAACUAUUCAGUGGAGAAAGCACAGCAAGGUAUUGUGUUUCUGGACGAGGUUGAUAAGAUUGGCAGUGUGCCUGGAAUCCAUCAGCUGAGAGAUGUAGGAGGAGAGGGAGUACAGCAGGGGUUGCUUAAACUCUUAGAGGGCACAGUCGUCAAUGUACCUGAGAAGAACUCCAGGAAACUGAGAGGAGAAACGGUGCAGGUAGACACAACAAACAUUCUGUUUGUUGCAUCCGGUGCCUUCAACGGACUCGACAGAAUCAUCAGCAGAAGAAAGAAUGAAAAGUAUUUGGGUUUUGGGAUCCCCUCCAACAUGGGGAAAGGGCGCCGUGCAGCGGCUGCCGCAGACUUGGCCAACUCCAGCGGUGACACGGACACAGUGGCGGAGAUCGAGGAGAAGGACCGGCUGCAGAAGCUCGUCGAGGCCAGAGACCUGAUUGAGUUUGGAAUGAUCCCAGAGUUUGUUGGUCGUCUUCCUGUGGUCGUUCCUCUGCACAGCCUGGAUGAAGAAACACUAGUCCGAAUCUUGACUGAACCACGCAACGCUGUGGUGCCCCAGUACCAGGCUCUGUUCAGCAUGGACAAAUGUGAACUCAACGUGACUCCAGAUGCCCUGAGGGCCAUUGCCAGGAUGGCUCUGGAGAGAAAAACUGGAGCUCGUGGGCUCAGAUCCAUCAUGGAAAAGCUCCUUCUAGAGCCCAUGUUUGAGGUGCCACACUCUGACAUCAUGGCCGUUGAGCUGAACAAAGACAUCGUCCUAGGAAAAUCACAACACAGAUAUAUCAGAACUCCAGCCAAGGAGUCUGCAGAAGAGGAAUACGACUCAGGCAUUGAGGAGGAGAACUGGCCUCGGCAGGCGGACGCUGCUAACAACUGAACCACAUGUCCCUCAUUUCACCUAAAGACAGUCUCUGAAAUCAUUAGAUCCCUAUGAACCUUUGGAUACCAACUCUGGGUUUUUACUAAAGCCCCUGACAAACAAGCUGUGGACGCUGUAGUAGUGGUAUUGAAAGCUGGUGGGUUUCACUGUGAGUGUUUUCAUAUUGAACAAGUUAGGAAAGCAUAACAAGCUUUGGUCCCACACAUCAGAUGUUAAUUCUCUAGUGGUGCACUCGCAGAGUGGACCUUUAUAAAACAUUUCAAUCUCUGGGGAUUGUUACCAUUUUUAUCUAUAUAAAGAUAAUGCAAUUUUAUUCAUGGAAGGAUUUGUAGCUAGUUAAUUAGAUUUUUCUUUUCGUGGUGAUGGACUGUAAAGUGUAAAUGAUGGGAUCAUACUGUGCACUUGAAAAUAAGUGAAAAGGUGUAGAUGUGACGUUAACAAGUCAGUCAUGCCUCGUUUCAUAAGGGAAGAAUAUUCCAUGAGCAUUUACUUUACCACCAUUUUAAUAAUGGUGUUCACAGUAAAACUGGGCUGUAACGGUGGAACUACGCUGCUUAGGUAGCAUUUGUAAGCAGUUUGUAUGACAUGACCUUUUAAAUAGGAUAACUCAUUGUGAAGAGUAACGCACCGGCAAACUAAACAGCAGGUGCAGAAUAAUGGCGACCUUUUUAAACAGCCAGAAUGGUUAUUUCUCAGUGUUUUUCUGCCUCUUGUAGCCCACUCUAGAGAAUGUGUCUGUUUACUUACAGACCGUAUCACAAGCCUGGAUCAGAAGGCUGUCUCAAAGCAGGAUUAGCAGGUUAGCCGGGUAACUUUGAAGUAUCCUCAUUAGUAAAUAGCCAUCAACAUAUAGUACAUGUACAGUACAUGACUGACUCAUAUUUAAAAACCUAAUAAGCUUCAUUGACCAGAUUGGAGUCAUAAGACGGAUAACAUCUUUCACAGUUUGCUGGAUGCCGCUCUAACCCUGCUUUGGCAGACGCCCUCAGAACAGCCCGGGUAUUUUUAUUUUCUUUGUUUGUGCCCCAGCGUUAACUCACCUCACCGUUAAUGAUGUAAUAUCCUGUUACUAAUAGGUAUCUCAAGCCUAAAUGCUCUCUGACAGAACUGAACCACGCUGCUGUUCUCCUUAAAACGCUGUUUGUGCUAUAAAAUGAGAUUUUCUCCCUUUGCUUUUAAGUUUCCUUUUUCUUUCAGUUAAGUUUAAAAACUGAUUUUCUGAUUUCAGAGGGAUGUUACGGAUGCUGUACCCCCCCCCCUCUCCCCCCAGUUUGUGAAUCUUAAAUUUAUUGUGAUUGUUGAAAAUAUAUAAAUAAAAUGUAAAUCUCUGUA